AGGCAUGACGACGCGCAUCGCGCCGGGCGUGGGCGCGAAUCUCCUCGGCCAGCACUCGGCGGAGCGCAACCAGGACGCCACCACCUACGUCGGGAACCUCGACGCGCAGGUUUCCGAGGAAUUACUGUGGGAGUUGUUUGUACAAGCAGGCCCUGUUGUUAAUGUCUAUGUCCCGAAAGACAGAGUUACAAAUCUACACCAAGGCUAUGGGUUUGUAGAAUUCAGGAGCGAGGAAGAUGCAGAUUAUGCUAUUAAGAUUUUGAACAUGCUCAAACUAUAUGGAAAGCCAAUAAGAGUAAACAAGGCUUCCCAAGACAAGAAGAGCUUGGAUGUGGGAGCAAAUCUUUUUAUUGGCAAUCUUGAUCCGGAAGUCGACGAGAAGCUCCUCUACGAUACCUUCAGUGCAUUUGGAGUGAUCGUGACCAAUCCUAAGAUAAUGCGGGACCCUGAAACUGGAAAUUCUCGAGGUUUUGGCUUUGUGAGCUAUGACUCCUUUGAAUCAUCUGAUCAAGCAAUAGAGGCCAUGAACAACCAGCAUUUAUGUAAUCGGCCAAUCACUGUCUCUUAUGCUUACAAGAAAGACACAAAAGGAGAGCGUCAUGGCACACCAGCAGAGAGGCUGCUGGCAGCGAACAACCCAGGAUCUCAGAAGCAUAGGCCGCACACAAUGUUUGCAACUGCUCCACCGACCCAGGGGCUUCAAAACGGUGGUGUUGGUGCACCUGUGCCACGGCCUUUUGCCAAUGGAAAUAUGCCAGGACAGAUGCAACACGUUAGGCCGCCGCCACCACCUGUUGGUCAAUAUCAUCCCAUGCAGAUGCAUGGGCAGCCUGCUUGGCCUGGUCCUCCACAGAAUAUGCAAGUACCACCGCCAAUGCAACAGCAGCUUCAGUACAGGCUUCCAGGGAUGCCACCACCUCAAAACAUGAUGCCCCCACCACAAAACAUGAUGCCGCCGCCUCAUCACAUGGCCAGGCCGCCGCCUCCGCCACCUCCCAAUAUGCAAGCUCCACCUAUGUGGAGGCCACCUCCACCCCCACAGCAAAGUGGCGGAAUGCCUCCACCACCAAUGUCCAUGCCACCUCCGCCACCGCCACCUUCUGGUUAAAAAUGCGCAGGGUUCUUCCAUUGGUUCAAUCUGGCACACAGUAACUGUAGACCAAGGAUGUUAACAUCUUCCGUAUAUUGCCAUGUAACUUGCAAGUUGCAACACUAGGAGAAUCGAGAGAAAUAGCUGCAGUGUUACAACAACUUGCAUGUAUUCUGUUCAAAAUGCAUGAAUUUUGUGAUCACGCCGCAUCUACGGAAACCUUCUUGUGUGGGUACUCCUGUUGCGUGCUCUGCUUAGGACAAUUGUGGAUUAUAAUCCAUGUUAUUUCAUCAUUACAUUGUUACUGAUGGAAUUCUGUUGUUAAACGUGUUCCUCAUGGAGUCGUGGUAGGUAAUUGCAGUGCAACUUUUGGCUCUUUU